UAAACAGCAGCACCGUAUUAUUUUAUUAAAAGUCUACAUCACUGCUCUACGAACACUUCUAUUUUGUGCGUCAUUCUAAUUUCUAAUCUAGCCCGACCUCUUCCAUGUUGGGCAUACGUACAUGGUUGUAGUAUCGCUAUUCCUUGCUCCCAGCCACUGGCCACCAGAUACCGUACCAGUAGCCAGGCCAUUGACUGUUGGGGGGCUUCGCCGGGUUACCUUGUGGCUGUGGCGGUACGGUGGUACCUUACAAGCUCGAUUGGCGAGUUUGCUUGGUCGAUGAUCGGCAUCGUAAUCGUAGUCUUUUCUAUGGUGGCGUUCCUUUCUUUCUUCAUGGUGGCGAUGUGUGCCGCCACGUCGAGGACCGCCAUCGACCAACACGGUGGUCCAACACGGAGGCAUUUAUCGUGGAACUAGCCGUGGAAAAAGGAGGGCAAAAAUUCAUGCCAAUGACUCAGCUCUCCGACAUUGAUGAUGCAAUCACAUCAUGCAAGGCUAUUAAUGGCCGCCCACCAAAUGAUCGUCCCACGGCAAAGAAGGUCGGCAGAGCCUAAAACUAGUAAUCGUCUGAGCAAUCAACCAUGAUGUUUCGAUCGGCGGCAUUGUUUCUGUUGGUAUCGCAUGAUAUCGGUAGCCUGUUGAGCCAAGCUUGGCAACGUCCCUUGUUGACAUCGUUGCGACGGGCCCAUGGGCAAGAUUUCUUUUUGUGUCGAUCAAAAGCUCCAUUUUCCCGCGCUCUUUUGUGUUCAGCUUCGGCCGUUAACCAUAACGAAGUGGAGCUGAUAGACGAUGUUUCAUCCCUUCUAAAAGGCCGUUCCUCCAGAGAAGUCUGGCGUCCCAACAAGCAGGAUGUGGAAAGGAUCUCUUGGGGAAAACCGGCCAAGAAAAAGGGAACUGGUUCGCGGGGUGUCCCUCAUCGGAUCAAUCGAGACGAAAGAUUUCUGUUUGAUCAGGCUCGUACCAAGGGCUUUUUGGAAGUGGCCGGGAGUGCUUGGAGGUCUCAAAGGAGAGAUGCUCCCCUCCUGAAUACCUACCGUUCCUGGUGUGAUGCCUGUGCCAAGCCAUCGAUAGUGCUGCACAAGAGUUCCACGGGAGUGGAUGAUGCCGUCGUGGUCGAUAUCUCCACAUUGCGUUUAGAACUGGCAUCCGAAUUCCAAGCGGUGGCGGAUGCUUGCAUGCAACAACAAUCAGGAGGAAGCAUUCGAAACCAAGGUGGCGUCCAUGAAGUCAAUGAUGAGGAAUUGAAAGACACAGAAACUCAAAGCUCUGAUGCUUGGGAGACACGCCCCAUCUAUCAACUUCCGCCCUACUGCAUUGUGUGGGAUUCUUUGCAACGAUCGGAUGCAAAAGUACUGGCAAAAACCCUGGCAAUGUUCUGCCGAACAGCCGACAAGGGACGGGAGAAGAAGUCCAAGAAACCAGUAGGUGUAAAACCAGGGAAAGGUCGCCGACAUGGAGGUUAUGGUAUCGGAUAAACGCCUUAUUGGCAUUAAUCUACUUAAUAAUUAAACUUUCACUUCUU